UAUAUCGAAUUAGAACACUUUGUGCUCAGAAGCAAUGAAUCCGAUUUCCCCUAUAGCAACUAUACAUAUAUGAUGUAGUGGUCCGUUCCGAAUUAUAUUAUACUACCUGAUCUUGCGGAGGUGUAUACUUCCUUAUGGUCCAACAUGUGAAGUCAAUACACCCUCUGCAAAUGGCAAAAAGGAAAAAAGUGUGGGGUGAUAAUUUAUUUUUUCAGGUACAACAACGUUUAUAUUGCUUUGUUAAAUGACUUUAGCUCCAUUAUUAAAACAAAUGUAAUUAUGAUCUAGCAAGAGAGAUCGUGAUUGUCAAUUUCCUCGACUAUCGGAUACCCAGAUUGAUAGCCAGACUCAGCUGGUAAAACUGAGCAGGAAUAAAUAGUUUUUUGUAGGGUACAUACUCUUCAAAGAAUCUAAUAGCCCUGUUACUCUAUGAGUAACGUUCUUUAUUAGAUUUCCUUUAUUACCAAAUAACGUAAUUUUGUGUUCUGUUCUCGGAAAUAAGUGGGUACUAAUCUUAUGCUUUCUUACAAUCAUAAACAAGGUCCCUUAAGGUAUAAAUCCAGCCAUAAUGAUACAAUAUAACAAAGUACAAACCGUAUCCUUGUUUUGUAAGAUAGUGCUUAGUUUUAUAUCCCUAAGACAUAUCUUUUGAACAGUUUUUUGUAACCAGACUGGUAGUCAACACAAAGUCUUUAUCUUAACAAUAGGCUCAAAAAUAUAACAGAAAUCUAAUCUGGGUAAUCUGCCACAAAGUUGGCACCGAGAGCCAAUUGUGUUGCACCCACUCAGUCCCUUAAAGAUCUUUUCUGUGUGCGGACGUAUUUCUGUUUACCCAGAUUCCGGGUACCACGAUUUAAUAAAUUAUUUCGUUUGAAAGCAUAUUAUAGGUAAAAGUAUACGGUUUCGAGCCUCGAAAAUAUAAACAUUUUUGCAUUGUCGGUCUGAGCAUGUCCGUAUGUUCGUCUGUCCGUAUGAGCGUAUGAGCGUCGAGAUUUCGUGAACCUACGCCCACAUACUAAAAAUACUUUAGAUACUUGGUAAGAACUUCUUUGUCGACAACCAAAAAUUACUACUCAAGCAUUAUAUUAUUGUAUAAUUUUUAAUAACCUUAAGAAUUAGGCCUCAUUCACUUAUAUUAUCUAAUACAGAUACCUGGUACGUCUGAUAGUCACUCGACUUUGGCAUUCUGUCCUGUUUUAGACAAGAUGCUAUAUAGCUAAUUCAUAAGUGUUUAGAAAAUCAUUAAUUAGAUAUGCUGAGCGCGAAUUUAUUACUUACUGUUUAAAUUAAUUCAUAAAAUAAAUAAUCAUAGCCGGGUUGUAAAAUGCAGUCCUUGAAGAAUGAAGAUCUGCCCAAGAAUCCUCGCGAGCGAUCGAAUAUUUUUUCUGCGCUUUGCUUUUGGUAUACCAUUCCCACUUUUAUGAAGGGGCGCAAGGUCACUUUGGGUGUGAAUGACCUUUUCAGGGUCUUGAAAGAGCACAAAGCCGAGUCGCUCGGCAACAAGUUAUGCACUUCCUGGCAGAAAGAACUGAAGACCUACGAGAAAAACGCCAGUUUGCUAAGAGUUCUCUUUGGCGUAUUCGGCCAGUACUUCGUCCUCCUCGGAGUGGUUCUCCUCUUCCUGGAGGCUCUACUAACGGUGCAGCCCAUUUUCCUCAUGGAGCUUAUAUCUAGCUUUUCCCAUUCUAGCCCGAAAUCGAAUGGAAUGGCAUAUGCCUACGCGGGUGGAGUGAUUUUGGGCUCUGCCCUCAAAGUGAUUCUUAUGAACCCGUACUCAUUCGCCGUCACUCACCUGGGCCUUAAGAUUCGAGUGGGGGUGAGCAGCAUGGUCUACCGGAAAAGCCUUCGAUUGACGAAAACAGAACUGGGGGAAAUAUCUACCGGACAUAUCAUGAAUUUAGUUUCAAAUGACCUCGGCAGAAUGGACACCUUCCUUCAGUUUACUCACUACCUUUGGUUGGCACCAUUACAGACGCUAAUGGUGACCUAUUUUAUGUACCAAGCAAUAGGAAUCGCUGCAGUGUUUGGCAUGACCUUCAUGCUGCUCUUCAUACCCUUCCAAAUGUAUUUGGGCAACAAGAUCUCGGAGCUGCGAUUGAAGACCGCUCUCCGGACGGACAAACGGCUGCGGAUAAUGACUGAGAUUAUUGCUGGUAUCCAGGUGAUUAAAAUGUACGCCUGGGAGCUUCCGUUUGAAAAAUUGGUAGCCCACGCCCGCCACAAGGAAGUCAAUGCCAUUCGUCACGUGGCCUUUGCGAAAUGCCUCCUUUACUCCUUCAACAGAUUCCUCACUCCAGUAUCAAUAUUUCUCAGUUUGGUAGGAUUUGUGCUUUUGGGCAGGUUCCUUACAGCGGAAGUAGCUUUCCUCAUCACAGCCUAUUACAAUGUUGUACGCACCAACAUGACAGUAUACUUUUCGUUGGGCAUGACGACAACUUCAGAAACCCUCGUUUCCAUCCAGCGGGUUCAGACGUUUUUGCUAUCCGGAGAGGUAGAAGGGCCGGGUGAAAAGGUAGUUUCUAACAGAGCUGAGGAAGUUACUCAGGAGGCAAGCGAAAAACUCCUAGAGACUCCCAUGCCAAUAGGUACUCCCGAGAAAACUCAACAUCAUUCCGAAGAUCGCGUAUCCAUAAGUGAACUUACAGCCAAGUGGAUCACGAGUGGGUCACCCGAUUACACGCUCAAUGGGGUAAAUCUGCAGGUCCCCGCUGGCACACUGCUCACCAUUGUGGGCCACACUGGCUCCGGGAAGUCGAGCCUGAUACAAGCAAUUUUGGGGGAACUGCGUGCCGAAUCUGGAGAGAUCGAGGUUACUGGAUCGAUAUCAUAUGCUGCCCAAGAGCCGUGGCUUUUUUCCGGAACUGUGCGUGAGAAUAUUCUCUUCGGUCAGCCAAUGGAUCGCCGGCGAUACGAUUUGGUGGUGAGGAAAUGCGCUCUAGAACGAGACUUUGAGCUACUUCCCUUGAAGGAUAAAACCAUAUUGGCAGACCGCGGAGCCUCGCUCUCGGGCGGGCAAAAGGCGAGAAUCAGCUUGGCAAGAUCUGUUUACCGGGAUGCUUCCAUCUACCUGCUGGACGAUCCUCUGAGUGCGGUGGACUCCAAUGUGGCCCGUCGUCUCUUCGAAGAUUGCCUACGUGGCUAUCUGCGAGAUAAGAUUGUCAUCCUGGUCACCAACCAGUUGCAGUUCCUGCAGCUGGCCGAUCAGAUUGUGAUCAUGGAGAAGGGCCGGGUGAAAGCUGUGGGAACGUAUGAGUCGCUCCACAAAUCGGGUGUAGACUUUGGCAGUGUCCUGGUGGAUCCUGUUGAUCACAACGAGCCGACGGACAUGAUCGCCAGCAUGACUGACCAACGGCGCAGCAGUGUGAAAUCUGUGCUCUCCAAUGCGGAAUCCUGCCCAGCGGAUCUACAGGAGGAACAAGUGAUUAACCUUGAGCGGCAACAUGUGGAUCGCAACGGCUUAGGAGUAUACAUCGAUUAUUUUAGGGCAGGAGGCGGAUUCCUCUCCUUUUCAGUGAUAAUGAGCUUUUUCGUGUGCUCCCAGGGCCUAGCCUCUCUUGGAGAUUACUUUCUGGCCCCCUGGGUCUCAAGAAAUGAGAUCAUGGUUGCCCAUAACGACACAACAUAUUCUAAGGAUGCGAAUAUCGAAGAGCACGCUGCAUACAUAUUUAUGUUGAUUACAGUGCUAUCCAUUAUUGUGACCAUAAAACGAUCCUUCCUGUUCUUCAACCUGGCGAUGAAGGCCUCUACCCAGUUGCAUAACUCAAUGUUUCGAGGGAUAUCUAGAGCUUCAAUGUAUUUUUUCAACACGAAUCCUGCGGGAGGAAUCCUUAAUCGUUUCUCCAAGGACAUGGGUCAAGUAGAUGAGAUGCUGCCCUCCAUUAUGAUGACCGUCAUCCAAGAGUUUCUCCUGAUCACCGGCAAUAUUAUGGUCAUAUCCUUUGUCAAUCCCCUCUUUCUCAUCCCCGCCCUGGCUUUUGGAAUAGUAAUAUACUAUCUCCGCUCUUUCUAUCUCAAAACUUCGCGGGACGUAAAACGCUUGGAGGCCAGCACUCGAUCUCCGGUGUACUCCCACUUGGCUGCUUCUCUGAAUGGUCUGACCACCAUUCGUGCAUUUGGGGCCGGGAGCAUUUUGGAGGCGGAGUUUGAUAGCUACCAAGACAUGCACAGUUCCGCCUCCUACAUGUUCAUUAGCACCUCGCGUGCCUUCGCCUAUUGGAUGGAUACAUUCUGUGUGCUCUAUAUAGUGAUUGUCACGCUGGCCUUCUUCAUCUUUCCGCCGUCUAGUGCAGCCGAUGUUGGUCUGGCUAUAACCCAGGCCAUGGGCUUGACGAGCACGGUUCAGUGGGCUGUCCGUCAGUCGACAGAGCUGGAAAACACAAUGAUUUCCGUGGAGCGGGUGAUCGAUUACGAGGAAAUUGAGCCAGAGGGAGCACUGGAAGCCCCGACUGACGAGAAACCACCCGAACCUUGGCCAGAGCACGGAAAAAUAGAAUUCGACGACCUAAGUCUGCGUUACAAGCCCUAUGAGAAAACGGAGAGCGUUCUAAAAUCCCUCAGUUUUGUGAUAAAACCAAAGGAAAAAGUUGGUAUAGUAGGACGAACAGGAGCGGGUAAAUCCUCGCUGAUUAACGCUCUUUUCCGCCUGUCCUACACCGAUGGAUCUGUGCUCAUAGACGAUAAGGACACCAGUGGUAUAGGUCUGCAUGACCUUCGCAGCAAGAUCUCGAUCAUACCACAGGAACCAGUUCUCUUCUCUGGCACAUUGCGACACAACCUGGAUCCCUUUGAUGAGUAUAGCGAUGAAAAGCUGUGGUGCGCGCUGGAGGAGGUGGAGCUCAAGGAUGUGGUGUCCAGCGUGGCCACUGGCCUGGAGACGAAAAUCACCGAAGGUGGCUCCAACUUCAGCGUAGGUCAGCGCCAAUUGGUCUGCUUGGCUCGGGCUAUUCUGCGGGACAACAGAAUACUUGUGAUGGACGAGGCCACCGCCAAUGUGGAUCCCCAGACGGACGCUCUAAUCCAAGCCACCAUUCGAAACAAGUUCAGGGAGUGCACCGUCAUUACCGUAGCCCAUAGAUUGCACACCAUCAUGGACUCGGACAGGGUACUGGUAAUGGAUGCCGGAAGAGUUGUGGAGUUUGCGACACCCUUUGAGCUCCUAACUGCGGAAGACACCAAUGUCUUCCACGAUUUGGUCAAGCAAACUGGGCAGGCCACAUACGACGCUCUCCUUAAGAUUUCUCAACGGGCCUUCGAAAAUUGUGAAAAACCCAGCCUAAGGCUUCCCUCUUGACGAGGGAAUUUUCGAUUUAAAAUAAUUAAUAUGUGAAAAGUUUUAUCUCACAUAAGUUUUUAGACGUUCAGCUAAGAAAGGGAUUUUUUCAUAAAAUGCUAUAGAGUAUAUAUUAGAAAAAUAUUGAAAAGAACCCUAUUAUUUUGCUCUUCGCUGCAAUAUUAGAAUAUGUUAGAGAAAUUGUAUUGAUUAGAUAUAUGUAUAUGUACAUACAUAAGUACGUGUUAUCACAUCUGACAGGCGCGAUAAGUUCAAGUGAAGUACUUGUAGACUAAUGAGGCUUCCUCAUUUAAUAAUACGAUGAAAAAGUUGUCUACCGCAUUUCCGUUUGUGGUGAAGCAAGCCUAAAACACCAAUAAUUUGAAAUUAAAAAUAAUUUAAUAUGCUAAACAUCCGGAGAAUUGGUAAAAAGAAUUAAAUCGAUACUAGUUAUUUUAUAACUAAAAGGUGCAACCUUUGUUAAUGUUAUUAAAAUUCCAAGAUACUAGUAUUUGAUACCUACACUGAUACAAACAUACAUGAAUGAUAAAUAAACAAUUAAAUUACACUUUAUUACACGUCUUAAGUCUUAUCGGUGCGAACAUCACCCUAAUGUUUAAAGAGGUGCAGAGUUAGCAAGUUGCAGACUUUCAAAUAAUAUGAAUAAUAUUAUCAGUUAUUUUUAAAAAUGUAACACCUUUAACCUUCUCUUAGCACAAUUUUUGCAACAGUACAGGACAGUGUAAAAGGGCUAUGAGAGGAUGGGAAAUGAAUUAGAAAGCCGCUCUUUAUCUUAUCUUUAAGUGGUCCACUCUAAUGCUAUAAUGCUGAAGUGACCAUGUAAGUAAGCACACACACACACACACGCACGGCCCUUGCGUCAGCCGGUCGAACAGCUGAUUCGACGAGCGUUUGAUUUGGCAUCGAAGCGCUUGCUACUCGCGAGUCGCGACCAGUGGACAGAAUGAUUGGAAAAGCGGGGCGUCGUGGACGGCUCAAGUGAUUUGUUGUGUUUUGCUAUUCGGCCGAGUGGAAAGUUUUCCGCUAUCAAUUGUUCCGUGUUCCGCAAAUUGCGAAAUUUCGAUCCAGCAUCUGUCGGUAUUUGUUGAAUUCUUGUCUUUUGCUGCUGAAUACGAAUACAUACAACAUAAGUUGCAUGCUUUCGAGUGAUGAAAUGCUGAUAAAUAAGAACUGAAUUCCGCGACUAUUGUUUAUGAGAGCUUGUGAAAUUGCCUGCGCAUUUACAUAAUCAUGCAGGCCAGUAAACUUCCGCCCAAUCCCCGCGAGUCGGCAGGUAUCUUAUCCUCGCUUAUGUUCUGGUACGCACACGUUUCAUCCUACCGCUAAGAAGUGUUUCCUUUGACCACUUUUCUACGUACAUCGGUACAUACAUAUGUACUCACCUAUGUACCGUCACCUUUCUACUGCCACUUAGAAGUGACAUCCGAAGACAACCGUUAUCGGAUACCACAUACUCUUUGCCCUGCCCAUUCUGUUCAAGGGUCGCAAGCAGACGCUCCAGCCCACGGAUCUGUA